GACCGCUUCAUGCAUCGGAAGAGACUUUAAUCGAGGAGGGGUAGACUGGGUAGGUGACGAGAAAUUCUCGAGGUAUAUAGAGGUACUGGUGGCGCCUCUGGCACCCGAAAACACCACUGCAAGCAUCGUCGACUUUGGCCAAUCCUCUGCAGGUUGUAGCUGAGUGCACUGACCUGACCACCAUCGCGUACCCAUCCGCGACAAUGAGCUCCUUCUUCAAAAAGGCACAGUCGCCUACACCCGAGCCAAAGUCGCCAAAGGGAAAGGACAAGUCGCCCACGCCUGGUCCCGCGUCCCCAACGGGAAAGAAGUCACCCACGUCUAUUCCCACGUCUCCAGAGCAUGAUGUGCCUUCGGAGCCUGUUGCACUUAUAGCCGGUUCCCAUUGGGGCCAGCAGGAAGUGGUGGACGAUGACACUGACUCGGCCCUAGGAGUUGAUGCCCAGAGCUCGACCGCCUCGAUUGCUACCAGCAUCUUGCACUACCGUAAUGUCCUGGGACGCACCUACCACAGCGAUUCCGUGACUGAUGGAGAGUACUGGGGCCCUAAUGAUGCUAAGGCAAAUGAGUUGCUGGAUAUCAUGCACGCGGCCAUGGUCAUGGUGUUUGAUGGAAAGCUGUAUACUUCCCCGCUUAAGGACGAGGAGCUCAAGAACGCUAUUGAUAUCGGUACCGGCACUGGAGUCUGGGCCAUCGACUUCGCGGACGAACAUCCGAACUGCAACGUAAUCGGCACCGACAUUUCUCCCAUCCAACCUAGCUGGGUACCCCCAAACGCCAGCUUCGAAAUCAACGACGCAACUAGGGAGUGGACCUACAAAGAUAAUUUCUUCGACUUUAUCCACUUUCGCUGGCUUACUGGCGUUAUGAAGGAUUGGGAUUGCAUUUACCAAGAAGCUUACCGGUGCUGCAAACCGGGCGGAUGGAUUGAACACCUUGACACCGACGCUGAAUUUUUCUGCUACGACGGAACGAUGCCUAAUGAUUCGGCUAUGGCCCAAUGGGGUCCUAUUUGGAGAGAGGUUGGGCGGAAGACCGGGCUUAACGUCACCGUGGUUUCCUCAGGCACGAUGGAAAACGGAAUGAGAAAGGCUGGAUUUACUAACAUUGUGUCGGAGGAUCACUAUGCUCCCAUCGCGCCCUGGUCUGAUGACCCGAAGCUGAAGCAGCUGGGUCUCUACCAGUCUGCAGCGCUGACACAUGACAUUGAGGGCUUUCUGGUCUAUUUCAUGCCCAAGUACCUGGGGUGGACCCCGAAGGAGAUUGCGAACUAUGCGGCUACUAUGCGUAAAGAGUUCAGGGAAGCCAAGAUCCACGCGGUCGUGAAGUGGCACGUGGUGAGGGCGCAAAAGCCGUUGGAUGCUUAAGUGUUGGAUAGCCGCGGGGCAUGUGAAUAUCUCGAAGAAGGGACGUACAUUAAUCACUCUGCCUUUGUUUAUCAAUAUGGCCCGUCUCUAUGGUAUAUGGCAAUUUGGAUAUAUUCUCCCCGUCAUUUUCCUACCUUGCGUACCUCUAGGUGCCCUCAUUUUGGAAUAUGUCGUUGAUGAUCAUGGAUCCCCUUGCAACCUUAUUUUCCUACCCGUCCUUCGCCCCAGUCUAACGAACAAGGCCCAUCGCUGUUACUUCAGCCUUACCCGUUCCACGCACCCAGAGGUACGUACCUAGGACCGGAAUUAAUGUUUGGGAA